AGAAUAAUAAACAUACAAACUGUGACUCUGUAAGGAUAAAUCAAUUAGUGAGAAAAGGGAAAUUAAUUAGUUGAAAAUCUUGUGUUGAUAAGCUUGAUAUUGAGGUUAUACAUGGAAAUUAUGUAUAUUUAGAAAAAUGCUCAAAACUGAACAUAAUUUCCUGAAACCUGAGUAGGGCCAAAGAUCUUUGGUAGGGCUCCCUCUGGUGGUGAUGUAAUGGUUUUGUUGUUGUGAUACGUAAUGAUGUCAUACGUCGACCAACUUCCUGUUUUGAUACUCUACUAUGAGUCUUGUGGAAGAUAGCCGAUUCAGUUAGAUAUUGUGAGAAAAACGUUUUUUUACGCGAUAUGUAAUUGUCGAGUAAACAUAGAGACUCAUGCGUAAAGACUCAUGCAUAAGCCUGUCUGAUGCCUUCGUGUUAUAGCAUCAUGGCUCAUGUAUGAAAGGGGAAACUUUAGUCUAGUAGGUAGGUAGCUACAGCUAAUUCAUAUUGACUGAGUCCAACUGUAAUGUUAGGCUACAUUACCCUGUAUGAAAUGCCUGUUGUCUUAAUGCGUUAAGAAGCACACAAGUAAAGAGCCACUUCAAUAUUCUCAACCUUAAUCGUCAAGCUCUCUCACUCUCUCUUAAACAUUGGCCGACAGUUGUAGUUCAGAUUUGAUGUUGAAGAAGUUGUUGCGGCGGAAGGGUUUAAUUCGACCUCUGAUUUAAAUCCCUGAAAAUGAACAUCUUACCCAAGAAAAGUUGGCACGUGCGCAACAAGGACAAUGUUGCUCGUGUGCGACGAGAUGAAGCACAAGCGGCCGAGGAAGAACGUGAGAUUCAGAAGCGCAUAGAGCGCGCCGAGCAAGAGGCACGGACACAAUUCUUGAGGAACAAAUCUCGCGGUGCCCUUGGGCAGAUUGGGGCAGCAGGUGAGGACGGAGCUCCAGAAGGAGGAGAGGGGACAGCAGCGGUAGAGCUCCUGAACCUGUUCCCCCUGGAAGAUGCCUCUGGGAAGAAGGGCAACGAGGAGUACCUGAAAGAGAAGAAGGAGGAGAAGGAGAAGCAAGAGCGAGCUAUUGGCCUUCUGGUGUCACUGGGCCCAGCGCCAGGCACUGCGGUCACUCCCUGGUACCUGAAGAGUCGGAGUGAACGAGAGAAGAAGGAGGAGGAGGAGGAGGAGAAGGACGAGAGGGGGAAGAAGGAGAAGGAGAAGGACAAACGGAAGCACAGGAGCUUCACGGCGGAGGAGAAGGAGAAGAGAGACCGCAGGCUGAAGGACAGCCUGGACCCGCUGGCGGAGAUGAACAAAGCCCUGGCGAAGAAAGGGCACAAAGAGAAAAAGAGCAGGAAGAGAGAGCGGCCAGACCGAGGAGGGACGAGCAGCGGAGGACAGAGCACGCUGGAGAGGCUCCGUGCGGAGCGACUGCAGAGAGAGGCGGAGGAGAAGAGGAAAGCCAAAGCCCUGCUGGAGCAGAAGAGCGGCGAGGGGAAGCAGAAGGAGCCGGAGAGGGUGGUGGGCGAGAGGGACAGGCCCUACAACAGCGCCUACUUCCCACAACUGGCCCGCAAGAGGCAGAGGAGGGACCACGAUCACUACGACUUCUCUAAACCCCUAUAACAAAUGGACACGAAUGAGGAGAGUCAAAGGCAGCUGCUCUAUUGGGAUGAGUGAUCCUAAACUGGACUGGACUUUUGGUGUGUGUGUGUAUGUGUAUGUGUGGGUGCUGGAAUCAGGGGGCGUAUACCCACCCUGUAUUCAAAAUUAAAAUUCUGUCCGGUCGUUGA